AUGGGCCCCUGUACCGCCUCCUCAUGCUGCUGCCAGGCCCUAAUCUGCCAUGGGCCCCUGUACCGCCUCCUCAUGCUGCUGCCAGGUCCAGAGUCUCUCAUGGGUCCCUGUACGGCCUCCCAUUGCUGCUGUCUCCAUCGCCACACUCUGCCAUGUGCCACUUUCAGGUCUCCUCACACUGCUGGUGUGUUCCAUUUUUUGUCAUAGGGUGCUGGCAGAUUACGGGCCUCCCAUUGCUGCUGCCAGGCCCCUAAUCUGCCAUGGGCCCCUGUACCGCCUCCUCAUGCUGCUGCCAGGUCCAGAGUCUCUCAUGGGUCCCUGUACGGCCUCCCAUUGCUGCUGUGUCUCCAUCGCCACACUCUGCCAUGUGUGCCACUUUCAGGUCUCCUCACACUGCUGCUGG